GAGAAUGUCAAACUUACAUCAACGGCAUGCGAAACGUGUCGAGAGAGCUACUCUAUCGUAAAAAUUAUGUUUAGCAGGAUCACGUCUUUCGUUAUUUCAGGAGUGCACAAUUUUGUUCAUUCCUCCCUAUACACUGAGCCACUAUGCCGAGCAUGUGUCGAAACUCGAUCGUAAGAUCCUCUUUGGCUGAUUUUCUGCAAGUGCUUCAUUGUAUAUCCUAUUUCUAUAUAUUCUGGAGGUUCUCCACCCGAAGAUGUUUUUCUUGCAUAGUCAAGUUUCUCCAUCUCUAGUUUUCAAUAUUUCAAGAGCUUUUCAGCUUAUCGUCAUUCCUUAUUUUCAGGCUUAGUCCUACCCACAUUCCUUUUUGUUUCAAAAAACAUAUAUAUUUGCAAAAUGCAUUACUCCUUUGCUUUGUCAGCUUUCGCUGCCCUCACCUCAAUGGCAUCUGCUUCGCUUACUAUCAACAACUGGUGUUCCACAGAUGUAUACCUCUACAAAUCAAACAACGGGGGAUGUAAUGUCGGUACUAAUGGAGCUUGUUCCACUGCUUCCAAUGCUAGCCCUUGGGUCAUCAAAGCAGGCAAGGGAUCUAGCAGCACCCUCACCCUUCCAUGGGAUACUGAUGGACAUGGAACAUCAAUCAAGAUCGCUAAAACAUCCAACUGGAAAACCACACCUUCGGUUCUUCAAUUUGAAUAUGCCUGGACAACUGGCCAAUACGCUGCCCUGUACUGGGAUCUCAGUGAUUUGGACGGUUCCGGCGCUGGGCUGGUUGGAACUCCUUUCAUGAGUGAUAACGUAAAAGUCACCCCAACUGGUGCUGGCACCGGAUCAGGAACUUGCGUGAAGCUCAAGUGCCCUGCAGGUGCUCUAUGCAAGGAUGCGUACAACACCCCCGAUCAAACUGCCACCCGUUCCUGCCCACUGAAAACUGGAACUAUGUGGUUGGACCUGUGUGAGCCAACCGGCGGCUUCAAUUCCAGGAGGGAAAUUGGCUUUGAGGCUUAGUAGUUGUUGACGAUGGGGCGAAAAUUUAAGGGGUGUAUUGGUCUCGCUUAUUGUCGUGUUUGGGAUAGGAGAGAACUUGCCUGGCUGCUGGAGUUUUCUUUUCAUAUAUUUAUGUAUUUCUGAGGGGGCGGGAGGAGUGUGGUACGAUUGUAUGAUAAUUUGCCGGGGGCUUAUUUAUCUCAUAUGUAUGUUUCAUGUACAAUUAAAUUUAAAUACCAUGGGGGCGUUGAAGGAGCAAGGCAAAUGAUACCCUUUUUUUUUGCUUUGAAUCUAUUCAUUCUAUGAUCACCA